AUGAGUAGUAGUGAUAGUACUAAUAAUGUUAGUACAACAUCACCAACUGGUUAUGUAAAUGAACAGUUGGUGUAUGCAGAGGUUCAAUUAGAGAGACCGUUACUUAAAGCACCGAUAGAAUCUCUGAACAAAUCAUUCAGAGUGGCUCAAAAGCUACUAGAGAAAGAGAUGACUCAAUUGGUAAACUCUAUCAACGAUCUAAACAAGAAGAAAUCAAGCAUAUCACCUGAAGAUGCAAAGAAUACAAUAGAGAAACUAUUGACAAAGAUGAAUAAUUUAAAGAGAAAAAUUGAAGAAACAAAAGAUGAAGAAGAAGUACAAAUAAAAAGAAUGAAAUCGAGAAUAACACAUUUGAAACAUACCUGUGAGAAUCAUUCAGAUCAUUAUAUCAAAGAGGAAUUCAACAAUAAGAGAGUGGAUAGAGUUAUCAUUGAUCAUCUUUUGCGUGAAGGUUUCUAUGACACUGCAAUAAAGUUAGCAACAACUUCAAAUAUAACUGAGUUCAUAGAGUUGGUGCGACAGACUAAACUUGGUCCAGCGAUAUCGUAUGCACGUCAGCAUCUUGCACCGAACGCCUCGACCAACAUGCCAGAGAUUCAGGCAGCGAUGGCAACACUCGCCUUCAAGAAGGAUCAGCAAUGCUCGAAAUACCGUCCACUCUUCCAAGAGGAACGCUGGAACGAUCUCAUCCAGCAGUUCAAAUCCGACAACUACAAUCUUCAUUCACUCACCCACCAUUCGCUAUUAAACAUUUCAUUGCAAUCCGGUCUCUCAGUUUUAAAAACAGAACAAUGUGAAGAUGAAGAAACAAAGAAUAUAAAUUGUCCGUUGUGCGAUGAAGAUUUCCAGAGUUUGGCAGAACCAUUGCCUGUCUCAUUGCAAAGUCAUUCUAGUUUGAUAUGUAAGAUAACCGGUGAGAUCAUGGAUGAAGACAAUCCACCGAUGGUUCUACCAAACGGCAAUGUUUACUGCAAGAAUGCAAUGCUUACAAUGGCAACGGAAUACAACAACCAAAUAACAGAUCCGAAAUCAGGCAACAAAUAUGAUUACUCAGAGUUAAGACGUGCAUUCAUAUCAUAG